UCUCCCCCGCCCCUCCGAAAUCGCCACAACAAACGUGAGAAGAAAAGAGAAAGAGAAGUAAAGGAGAGGAGGAAGAGAAGAGAAUAUAAAGAAAGGGGGAAAGCAUUAGAGAAGAAAGAAGGGAACAAGGAGACACAGCAUAGCAAGAAGGAGGCGCUCAAAGACAGUCAUAUGGUGUUCUUUCUUCUCCUCCUCCUGUUUCCCUUAUUUACCGCAGGAAUUGGUUGUGGUUCCGGGAGGUGCCUUGAGAAGGCUUUUUGGGCUCCAUAUAUUAUCCUGAAGCUCCCAGUGGUGUAGCAAAACCAAAAAUGGAUUCAGAUAAAGAGCUUGGGUUGUGGGUGGCAGCCUCAUUCAUGGGGAUGAACAGAAGGCAGCGCAUUGUCAUGGCCAUCAUUGUGAGCGGUUCCCUUGUGUACAUCAUCCUCACACAGGCCUUGCUGGUUUUUGGCAGUGCGCCGGGGGAACCCACUCAGCCAGAGGUCAGAAAGCUGUGUUCAUUUGACCUGAAGGGAGAAGGCAGUACCAAGGGAAGUAACAACAGCGCACCUAUCAUCUAUGUGGUCACUCCAACAUACCGUCGUCCAGAAAUGGUGGCUGAACUGACGAGACUUGGUCAGACGCUGACUUUGGUGAAGCGCAUCCACUGGAUUGUGGCCGAGGACAGCCUCACCUGCACUGCCCCCAUUACAGGGCUGCUUCAGAGGCUUGGUCUCUCUUAUACACACCUGGCAAGCCCCAUGCCAGAAGUAUACCGGAAGGAGAGGUAUGUCCCGAGAGGCGUCUCUAACCGCAGGGCUGCUCUGGAGUGGGUGCAAGAACAUGGGUCUGACAGAGGAGUCCUGUUCUUCUUAGAUGAUGACAACGCAAUAGAUGUUCGGCUCUUUGAGGAGAUGAGGCCAACAGAAACCGUUUCCAUGUGGCCAGUGGGGCUUAUAGGAGAUUACACAGUGAGCUCACCCAUUGUUAAGGAUGGUAAGGUUGUUGCCUUCUACGAUGGCUGGCCAGCAGGGAGGAAGUUCCAAGUAGACAUGGCAGGAUUUGCUGUAAAUGUUGGCUUCUUGAAGAAGCAGAAAAAAGUGACAAUGCCGUACAUAGCUGGGCAUGAAGAAGAUGGCUUCUUGAAGUCACUAGGUUUAAGCAUCAAAGAUAUUGAAGUGAAGGCUGAUGGCUGCACAAAAAUAUAUGUCUGGCACACACGCACUGCGAAAAACCCCUCAAGAGCACUGAAGUUGGAGAAGCAUCAGAAUGACAACAUUAAAGUACUUACAGACAAUAUGCGAGAAAUGGGGAUGAUAAAAUAAUUUGCAGAGAUUUUUGUAUACUUAUUUAUUUUUUACCUGUUAACUCAACAAAUGGUCUCAACUUGUUGAUUAGGUCACAUUUACGUAUGUAUGUUUAACUUUUACCAGGAAUCAUUUUGGAUUGUGAUAUUAUGAAUGUUCCUUUUUUGGUUGCAACUUUGAAAUAAUUCCCUGGAAUGAAAAUAUCCUCUAGUCCCUGCAGCCAAACAUAGUUGUUGAGAAGGAAUUUGUUAUUGAUUAAAAGCUUUGUUCUUAUGUUAUCCUUAUCUACUACUCUGAGGUAAUUAACUUAUAUCUUUAUGCAUACUGUAUUGAGAAAAGGAAAAUAUCCUGAUGACAAGAUAUUUCAUAUAUCCAGUGAUUCAGAAAGGAAAGGAGUUUUAUACUAGCUCAUUAGUAAUAGUUUUUUGCAUUUGUGAAAUGCAAGCUUCGACUUGAAAUAUAUGGCAUACAAGAUAUUUUCAUAUGUUAUAUGUUACUGAUGUAGAGUUAUACAUACACAAAUGUUAACAUAUGCACCUACACACUCAAAUGGGGUACAGUCACAUGCCUUCUGGCACCAUGUAAAACUUUUAAUUGAUGAGGGUGGUCUUUUCAUUAGCAACAUGCACCUUCCCAUUGAAGUUGCAGAGUGCGUGUGCUAGUAGUAGUUGUAAUAGCUUGAUCACUUGUUCUUUUCUCCUUUGUCUCUUUUACUUGCUUUUCCUUCCAUUAUGAUUAUCCAUGGAAGGACUAAUUAGACUCACUUUAAUCU